AGGCGGGACGCGCGCGGAGGAGAGCCCAGCCGGGGCUUAGCGCCCGCCGGAGCCUCCCGCGCGGGCUGAGGCGCUAAAGGGCUUACCCGGGAGGGGGGUGGGAGGCGGGGAGAGGCUCCCCCUUAAAUAGCGCGCUCCGCCACUCUCCGGCGCUCACGCCGCGCCCGCCGCCGCCGCCGGACCGUGCCGAAGAGGAGGGGGCGUUCCCCGGACCAUGGCAUCCACCGAAGGUGCCAACAACAUGCCCAAGCAGGUCGAAGUACGGAUGCACGACAGCCAUCUCAGCUCGGAGGAGCCGAAGCACCGGCCUCUGGGCCUGCGCCUGUGUGACAAGCUGGGGAAGAAUCUCCUGCUCACACUGACCGUGUUUGGUGUCAUCCUGGGGGCAGUAUGUGGAGGGCUUCUCCGCUUGGCAUCUCCUCUCCACCCUGACGUGGUUAUGUUAAUAGCCUUCCCAGGGGAUAUACUCAUGAGGAUGCUAAAAAUGCUUAUCCUGCCUCUCAUCAUCUCCAGCUUAAUCACAGGUUUGUCGGGCCUGGAUGCUAAAGCCAGUGGACGCUUGGGCACGAGAGCCAUGGUGUAUUACAUGUCCACAACCGUCAUUGCCGCAGUGCUGGGGGUCAUCUUGGUCUUGGCCAUCCACCCAGGGAACCCCAAACUCAAGAAGCAGCUGGGACCCGGGAAGAAAAAUGAUGAAGUGUCCAGCCUGGAUGCCUUCCUGGACCUCAUCCGAAAUCUCUUCCCUGAAAACCUUGUCCAAGCCUGUUUUCAGCAGAUUCAAACGGUGACCAAGAAAGUCCUGGUGGCACCUCCAUCAGAUGAGGAAGGCAAUGCCACCAACGCUGUCAUCUCAUUAUUGAACGAGACUGUGACGGAGGUGCCUGAGGAAGCGAAGGUGGUUAUCAAGAAGGGCCUGGAGUUCAAGGAUGGCAUGAAUGUCUUAGGUCUCAUCGGGUUUUUCAUUGCUUUUGGCAUCGCCAUGGGGAAGAUGGGAGAGCAGGCCAAGCUGAUGGUGGAAUUCUUCAACAUUUUGAAUGAGAUCGUAAUGAAGUUAGUGAUCAUGAUCAUGUGGUACUCUCCCCUGGGUAUCGCCUGCCUCAUUUGUGGAAAGAUCAUUGCAAUCAAGGACUUAGAAGUGGUUGCUAGGCAACUGGGGAUGUACAUGGUCACGGUGAUAGUGGGCCUCAUCAUCCAUGGGGGCAUCUUUCUCCCCUUGAUUUACUUUCUAGUCACCAGGAAAAACCCUUUCUCCUUUUUUGCUGGCAUUUUCCAAGCCUGGAUCACUGCCCUGGGUACCGCCUCCAGUGCGGGAACUUUGCCUGUUACCUUCCGUUGCUUGGAAGAAAACCUGGGGAUUGAUAAGCGUGUAACCAGAUUUGUCCUCCCAGUUGGAGCAACCAUCAACAUGGACGGUACAGCCCUUUAUGAAGCAGUGGCCGCCAUCUUUAUUGCUCAAAUGAAUGGUGUUAUCUUGGAUGGAGGCCAGAUUGUGACUGUGAGCCUCACGGCCACGCUGGCGAGCGUCGGUGCGGCCAGUAUCCCCAGCGCGGGCCUCGUCACCAUGCUUCUCAUCCUGACGGCCGUGGGCCUGCCAACGGAGGACAUCAGCCUGCUGGUGGCUGUGGACUGGUUGCUGGACAGGAUGAGGACUUCCGUCAAUGUUGUGGGUGACUCCUUUGGGGCUGGGAUUGUCUAUCACCUCUCCAAGUCUGAGCUGGAUACUAUUGACUCCCAGCAUCGAGUGCAUGAAGAUAUUGAAAUGACCAAGACUCAGUCCAUUUAUGAUGACAUGAAGAACCAUAGGGAAAGCAACUCUAAUCAAUGUGUCUAUGCUGCACACAACUCUGUCAUAGUAGAUGAGUGCAAGUCUCACCAUUAUGUGGAAUAUCAGUCGUGGGUUUAAGUUUGCACAUGACGUUGAGGACAGACAGAUGGAAGGUAAGUCUGGCAGCCAGCGGAAAGUCGGCCGACGGCGGCGUCGAGGAAGAGCCUUGGAAGCGUGAAAAAUAAGGCUACGGCUCUCAGCAAAUUCUUGAAUAAACUCCCCAGCUUAUCUUAUGGUAAAAGAGAGCUCAAAACAAGCUCUCUUUAAAAAAGAAGAAAAGAUGCAUUUAUUUCUGUGUUUACUUAAUCCGUUAGCCGAGGCUCCGAGGAUCUGUUGUGAGUCAGUGAUAGGCACGGUGCUGUGUGUUUGCCAAGUCACGCUUCGUGACCGUCUCGUUUUCUCACCCGUGUUAUUGUUUGGACGGAUGCUGCUGGAGGAACCAGUUGGAACUGCACGCGCAUUCUUGCCGGCUUCCCACUUCUCUCUAAACGCAGCGCCGUGGGCGCUCUUUUCCCCGGGGGAUACGACUAAAGCAAUGUGGUGCACUCCGGGGAUUUGGGAUGACGAGCAGACACUCAGCGUGUGAUCCCAAGUGUUUUGCAUGCUCCCGCUUCAUUCCGCGCAAGAGAUUCUGUUAGAAGCCUCUAGAAGUUAAUUCUCUCGAAAUGUCUUGUAGAGUUUGCCCAUGUGUUGAUUAAAAGCGAAUACCUGCCUUAGGGAACCCUGAUGAUCUAGCUUCUAUAUAUAUAUAUAUAUAUAUAUAUAUAUAUAUAUAUAUAUAUAUACACACACACACACACACACACUCUUGAAACGAAGUAUUUCAUAGAAAAUUCUAGUGGCCACUGUGCUCCUCGCGACAAUUGAUCACGGAACCCGCUGAGUUUCUGCUCCACCCUUACCUAGUCUGUGGCAAUAGUUAUUGACAUUUCAAAGUAUGUUUCAUAAUUUGCUCCAAACUUGAUCAUGGAUUAGGAUGUAAUUUGCACAUAGCCGCUGUAUAUAUUGACAAAAGUAAGAGAGCACAGCCAACACAGACUUGAACCAGAUUCAAAUAAUCCAAUUUGUUUGGGUUUGGUUUGCAUUCACCUGACAUAGUGAAAUCAAGUGAGAUUAUUUGCUUUAUGCUUUCCUUUCUUUGCUUCAGCCCUCAAAUACUUGUUUGGGUUUCUAACCAAAAAAAAAAAAAAAAAAGGGCAUUUUUAAUCCCCAAAUUAUUUCAGUUAUAGCCUCAU